AACACCGCUGACAGGCGGGCAGGCAGCGCUGCGCUAUCAUCAGCCUCUCCAGGGAUCUGCGACUUUUACUAUCACUGCGAUUUUUUUUAUUUCAAUUUAACCUGGAUAACUUUGUCUGCUUUACUUGUCUUUUGAGGACCCCUUUGUUUUAUAUUUUUAUGUUACACUCCUACUUUGUUAGAAUAAAAUGCGCCUUGCAAGGUGUAGAAAUCCCCCACAGGUACGGACCAAGAUGAAGAGCCUGUGAUCACUGGAGGCGCAGAAGCUCAAAGGAUAUUUUUUUUUUAAAUAAGGGGGAUUUUUGAGACGUCGCAGCUUGGCUCCAGUGUAAGAUGAACAUUGGUUACUCAGAGGACCUGAUCUGAGAAGUUAAUCUUUGGGAUAGUUCCCCCAACGAGGAAGCACUCAAUGUUGCACUCCGUGCCUUUCCUGCUGCAUAUAUCCUUACACAAGGAUUCAGUCUCCUGCUUACCGCCAGGGUUGUGUGCGUAAAAAGACGCGCAGCGGAGCGAAAGCCAGAGAGAGAGAAAGAGAAGGGGGCUAUCCCGCCAACCUUUCCCGGGACUCUGAGUGUGUGGAAGCAGGUGUAUUUCUGCCGUCUUUCUGAAAGCCAAGAUGUCCGUGCUGCCCUCGAGGUUGCUCUACCUGUGUUUACACUUUCUGGUUCUCUACUUCCAGCUGCAGGAAUCGCAGCAGAGCACUGCAGAUUUCAGGUUUUACAUCGAGAACCACACGAGGAACCCGGACGACCUGAGCCGAAAGCAGGUCCGGAUCUACCAGCUCUACAGCAGGACCACGGGCAAACAUGUCCAGAUCUUGGGGAAGAAAAUCAAUGCCAACGGAGAUGAUGGGGGCAAGUAUGCCCUUCUUGUUGUUGAGACGGAGACCUUUGGGAGUCACGUUCGAAUAAAAGGAAAAGAAAGUGAACAUUACAUUUGCAUGAACGAUAAGGGCAAAAUUGUUGGAAGGCCUGAUGGAAGAAGACAAGAGUGCGUCUUUGUGGAGGAAUUUUUGGAGAACAACUACACGGCUCUCGUGUCGGCCAAGUACAAAGGAUGGUACCUCGGCUUCAACCGGAAGGGGCGGCCCAAGAAAGGCUCACGCACCACACAGAGGCAACAAGAAGUCCAUUUCAUGAAGCGCCAGCCGAAGGGUCGAGUGGACCCGCUGGAGGAAUUUCGUUUCACCACAGUAACUAAGCGGACACGAAGGGCUCGGCGAUUAAAACCUAACCCCAAGAGGAACUGAUGGGACCGUUGGGACAGCACUAGAUAUCCUCGCAGGGGGAAAACAGUAACUGAAAAUAUCAAGCUUCUUAAAAGAAUCACCUUAAAGACUCCACUUCUGUAAAAGAAAGACAAACAGAAAGAACAAAAAGUCAAAGAUGUUAUAUUUUUGUAUUUCAAGAUGACUGAGUAUUUCCUGACUCUUGGAUUCUCCUGGGUUGAUGUCAUUGUGCUAAUGUUUCUGUCAUGUUAUUUAUACUGGAUAAACUCAAGGAACUCUGAGAGAACUCGUGUCACUGCUGUCCUCAGCCAUGUUUGAACUGCAAGCUGAAGGCAUACUUUCUUUUUGACAAUGGGACCUGAAGCAGGAGCUGACGCAAUGUUAUAAAAAUCAGCCAACUAGAGAUUUAUUGGAAUACCUGUCGGUUUUUGUUUGUGUUGCCCCUGACAACGUGGAUCCCAUACUUUCCACUGGAAUUAGACACCAUGGAGAUGAAACGAAGAGAGGUGGCAGGUGACACCGCACUGCCCGGAUAACUGUGUAGCUUUGAGUGCAAUAUUUUAAGUCUCUUGUCCUCUACUUUCUUUCCAUAUGUCUUUCAUCCCUAAAAGUCACUUGUGGCUCCUGGAAUGCGCUGAAAUCUGGCAGUCCCCAGUGAGACCUUCAUGACAUUUCCAUGCAGCUUGAGAUUCAGCUGAGAAAUGCAACGUGCUUUGACGAGUCCGACACCUGUUGUGAUUUUAGUCUUGUUUAAACACUGAAAUGAAACAGUACAAACAGAAAAAGAGCGUAAUUCCACAGUCUUCCAGCUUCAACACACUCUGGGAAGGUUGUUAAUCCCUUAUGUCUGUUUCUUUCAGCCCUUCCUCACAUGUGUUAAGCUGUUUCAAAUAUGGAUGCCUUUUAUUCCUAAACUGAGAGCUUGCCAGCCUUCUGGGGCUGACAAUGACUUCCUCUACCUCUUUUGUUUAUCUGUACCUAGUCUGACUGUCUGUGUUCAGUUAAUCUCAACUUUGACCCUAAACUCAGCUCUUCUUUUUUUUCUCUCUCACUUGAAGAUGCUUUCAGAAAAAAAGCACAUCAACCAUCCACAGACAGGUAAUCUGUGCAUUAUCCUCCACUAUUAUUUCAUACACCUUUAUCUGAUGAUUAAAACUACUUCUCAAAUACUCAGAUGACAGGAUUCAGGGAAUCCUUUCAGCUGGUUUCCAUGUCUGAAUCCUAAAAAGGGAAAACUCUUUGCUUCUCACUGACAACAAACUUCUGGUUUUUUCACCAGUAGUUUGUAUUUACCUGUCUCAUGACAGGUCUUUUUGUAUGAGUUGCUACUAACAACAUUUAUGAUUUUUUUAAACAAAUCUAAGCAAAAAAUAAUUUUAUGACUAUUAUUAAGAUAUUUAUUGUCUCCCUUUGUACAUAAAAUGUGAGUUUUAUUUGGCCUCUUUUAAUAAAAUGAGGACAGUAUUUAAAAAA